CAAAUGCGCAGGCGUCAGGGUUUUGAGCCGUUACCAUGCGCGCAGUCCACGAAAGGCCUCGGGAAAAAGGAUUGCAGGUUAAAAAUGACAAGGAAUUUGUCUCCGGGAAUCUCGCACACAAUAUGCCAGUUUUGCUGUCUCUAUCCAGACACUUAAGAAGAGGAGCAAGGGAUCCACUCGGUCAUCUGACCAACUGGUGUGCCUGUCAUCUGCUCGGAUAGUGGGAAUGGAUUUAGUCAGUCAUUUCAACUGAACGUACAUUAGAAAGUUCACACUGUGACAUGGCUAUUCACCUGUUCUGUGGGUGAGAAGGGAUUCAGUCGAUCUUCCCACUUGUGGACAAACCAGUGAGUUCACACUGGGCAGAGGCUGGUCAUCUGCUGAAUUUGUCGGGAAGGAUUCACUCAGUCAUCUGACCUAAUGGCUCAACAGCGAGUUCACACAGGGGAGAGGCCAUUCACCUGCUCAGAUUGCGGGAAGGGAUUCACUUGCUCAUCUAACCUGAAGGUACAUCAGCGAGUUCAUACAGGAGAGAGGCCAUUCACCUGCUCAGACUGUGGGAAGGGAUUCACUAAAUCAUCUCACCUAGUGAGACACCAGUCAGUUCACACUGGGGAUCGGCUGUUCACCUGCUCAGACUGUGGGAAGGGAUUCACUUGGCCAUCUCACCUACUGAUACACCAGUCAGUUCACACUGGAGAGAGGCCGUUAAUCUGCUCAGACUGUGGAAAAGGAUUCACUCGGUCAUCCCAGCUGAAGGUACAUCAGCGAGUUCACACUGGAGAGAGGCCAUUCACCUGCUCAGACUGUGGGAAGGGAUUCAUUUUGUCAUCCAAACUGAAGGUACAUCAGAGAGUUCACACCGGGGAGCGGCCAUUCACCUGCUCAGACUGUGGGAAGGAAUUCACCUUGUCAUCUCAACUACUGAGACACCAGUCAGUUCACACUGGGGAUCGGCUGUUCACCUGCUCAGACUGUGGGAAGGGAUUCACUUGGCCAUCUCACCUACUGAUACACCAGUCAGUUCACACUGGAGAGACUGCUCAGAGAGACAUCUGCUCAGACUGUGGGAAAGGAUUCACUCGGUCAUCCCAGCUGAAGGUACAUCAGAGAGUUCACACCGGGGAGCGGCCAUUCACCUGCUCAGUCUGUGGGAAGGGAUUCACCUGCUCAGACUGUGGGAAGGGAUUCAUUUUGUCAUCUCACCUGCUGAGACACCAGUCAGCCCACACAGGGAAAUGGCCAUUCACCUGCUCAGUCUGUGGGAAGGGAUUCAGUUACUCAUCCCAACUGCAGGUACAUCAGCGAGUUCACACUGGGGAGAGGCCAUUCACCUGCUUAGGCUGUGGGAAGGGAUACACUUCGUUAUCUCAUCUACAGAGACACCAGCAAGUUCACACUGGGGAGAAGCCGAUCACUUGCUCAGACUUUGGGAAGAGAUUCUCUCAGCAAAAUCAACCAAAUGUCCAUCAUUGAAUUCACGCUGGAGAGAGGCUGUUCAGCUGCUGUGAUUGUGGGAAGAUGUUCACUCAGUCAUCUAGGCUUAUGUAACUCUUGCUUCAGCUAGCAGCUCAAUAUAUGGGGUGAUAGACCCCCAGCCCGGCCAAACUUAAAAGAUCUCAUUUGGGUGGAUGCUGCGUGAUGUAUCCCCUGUUACAAAUCAGUACCCCGAAAUAACAAACAGCACACAAUAUGUGAUUAAAUGAUUGAGCUUUAGAAUUCUUACUUUGACUAUAAGGUUAGUAAAGUAAACAAAAAAAAAAGAAAAGCGCCCACUGUCUCCAUUCGUGUCUUCUCAUCUCUCCCUGGCAAAAGAUCAUGGAAAUCUGUCUUCCAGACUGACAAGAAUGAAUGCCAUUUAUCUCAUUGGAUAGCCAUGCACUCCAAAACCCUGUUAUCUCUAGUCAUAACCUAACCAUUGAUGUUACAGGGAAACCAUUAGCUCACCAGUGAAACAUAGCAGAGAGGCCACUACAUGAGCAGUGAAACCUCACAGCAUGUUACACUUGUGACACACUACCGGGUUCACACUGGGGAGAAUGUUUCAAUAAGCUGCAUACUGGAUAUUUGUCCAUCACUGUUGCUGAACGUUAUUUCAAGAGUGACUGUCGAUGCUGAACUCUGCAAUUAUUGCUGCUGCUCACCACACCCAGUUCUGCACCCUGGUCACUGGGCAUGGGAGGAGUUUCUUUUGCUGUACAUUCACCUUUAAUGGGACUUGAGUUUAAUAUGGACUGAAAUAGAGAGUGGCCUGUGAAGGAGUGGAGCUAUGAGGCUUUGGCUCGACAGAUUUCGGCGAGCAGAGGGGGAGGAUGAGUUUGCUCCCAGUAAGUUCUGCAAGGAACCCUGUUUCUGGGAAGGGGUCUCCAACUCUCAGUCAGGUGCUCGCUACUUCCUUGUCACCAUCUCGUCUGCUCAGAUCGUUGGAUAUCUCCCAUGGAGGGUCAUACUCAUUCCACUGGUUAAUGUUUCAUUCCAUAUUGAUAAUUAAUUUUUCUGAGUUAGCCUCUCAUUUAAGUUUUCUGGUCUGUAUUUCUUAUUGCAAUUGCAUAUACACACAUGGAGCGUUGAAACCUGUUCAUUUCUGAUGAAAAUAUAUACUUAGAAGUGUAAUGGCUUUCUUUUUCAUGUUUACUGCUACGGCUAAUAAAAUGGCUUCUUUGUAACAUUAAGUGCUGAUGUAAGGGGUUCUCUAUAGCAGCAUAUUUGGGUUAAAAUCAUAGAUAACGACUUUGGAAUGCUGUUGCUAAGCAACUGAAUAGCUGUUAUUCUUUUUUGUGUGUGAAAGCUAUUGUUUUUCGCAGGCUUUGGUCAGAAAGAUGGGGACAGAGAGAGGAGACGCAAUCCGAGAGAUGCUGUAAGCUGGGUGACUGGACCCACCCCAAAUGGCAGUCCGAGGCCCAGGGUUUUCAGCAAGGAGAGGAGACAAGGACAGACUUGUGUGGAGCGUUUUGGUUGACAACUGAGGGUGGUCCUAUUCGAGGGUUGGCAGAGUUCGGAGGACAUGGACUGGAGGAAAAGAUACCUGAUUCGUGAGCUCCAACGAAUUAUUUGUGCACAGACUGAUAGAGUUAAUGUCUUUGGUGCCUUUAUUGCAUUUAUUUUUACUAACCCAUCACCAAGAAGUACUUAUAAAGUGUAAUCAUUUAAUUGCA